UGUCGUCUUCACCGGUCGCGCGAAAAGAAAGGGGGUGUUGUUCGCGCACUUGACUAAAGCUCUCGUCUAUGGGACAAUUUUCGUUUCGUUGUCGUAUAUGAACUUCUUUUCGAAAGGGUUUUUUGUAUAAAAUUUUCUGAAGAAUAUAUCUCAUUUUGGAAGUGAUGAUGUGAGGCCAAAAAUAUGAACACGGACCAAAUCUUGUUGGCCGUCCGCACGGGCCAGCUGGCGGCCGUCAAGCGCGCCAUGGCCCGGGGAGAGCUGGACCGAAACCUGCGGGACCCGCACGGUGCGACGUGCCUCCACCUGGCCGCCCGAUCGGGCAGCCUGGACCUGGUGAAAUUCCUCGUCGAGGUGGCCGGUCACUCGACGAUAGCCACAGCCCACAACGGCGCCCUGCCCAGCCACGAUGCGGCCGCGGCCGGCCAUCAGAGCUGCCUGGAUUACUUGCUGCGAUGGGGCUGCCCCGAUGGAGCGAGGGAUCAUAGCGGAGCCACAGUGCUGCAUAUCAGUGCAAGGUUCGGUCAUCUCAGUCUUCUCCGCUUUCUGGUGGAGGUGCGCGGUCUCAACAUCAGGGAUAAAGACAAGAAAGGCGUCAGUGUCUUGCAUUAUGCCACAGCCAGAGGUGACAUAUCCAGUGUGAUGUACAUCACCAGUGUUGUUCCCGACAUGGUGAAUGAACGGACGGAGAGCGGUACCACGCCAGCCUACUUUGCGGUCCAGAAUGGCCACCUGUCCUGCCUGCAGUACCUCGUGACGGCGGCAGGCGCCAACGUGCACUUGCGAGCGAACGAUGGCAUGCAACCAGUCCAUGCCGCGGCACAGACAGGAAAACUGCGCUGCCUCAUCUGGCUGGUCCAGGAUCAGGGUGUCUUGCCGAUGGAGCGAGACAAUGACGGCGCGACACCCCUCCACUUUGCCGCCAGCCGGGGUCACGCUGGGAUCGUCAGCUGGCUCUUGGAGAACGGAGCAACGUGUGAAAGGGACCACUUAGGGGGGACGCCACUGCACGAUGCCGCCGAGCACGGCCAAUUGGAGUGUGCUAAGAUCCUAGUGGAGCACGGAUGCAAUGUCAACACUGAAGACAAAGACUUCCUCGUGGCAUCCGACCUUGCCAAGAAAUGCGGCCACUUCCAAGUUGCCAAAUUCCUCCGGAGCGUUGAGAAAAGGACUGGUAAGACCAAGGGUAAAGGUCAGAGUGGUUGCCAGAGCCUUUCUGACCACGAGGCAGGAGUGUACAUCAAGCACAACGUAUCAUCUUCAAGCAACACCUCGUCACUGUCCUCUUCCAUCAUGUCUGACCAUGACAGCUCCUCCUCUGCGGGAACCAUCGAGAAGGAGUUUAUCCACCGCUCUGGCCGUUACGAGGUGACUGAGUCCCCCGAACCUGAUCCAGACCCCCAGUACGUGCAAAUCUAUGAGAAACUGACCGAGGUGGAUCCGACGUUCCAGAUGAAUGGUUUUCCAAGCCCCCGUAAGAGGGGGACUUCAGGUGAAGGCAAGGGGAGAAACAUUUUGAGCGAAGCCGGCAUUCUCAAGAAAGGUGCCGAGUUUUGCAGCAAAGGGACUCAGACUGACUGCCCCGAACCACUGGUGGAAGACGGCGUAGAGAGCAAGAACAGCUCGCUGAAGUCAGGUCACCAGGCAGUGAUAACAUCUCCUGCUUUGUCUCCCGAGAGAAGUCUUCAUCAGCAGAGUACUACAGAGGAGCAUGUAAAUUCCUCUCCAGGGGAUGCACCGUUGGCUCGCGAUGACGAUGCCCAGUCAUCACCUCCACUUAAACUCUCACUAGAGAAGAAGGAGUUGCGAUUCAGCACAACCGUUAUGGUGGAGGAAAUAGUGCAACCAGACGAGGGCAGCCUGGUCAGCCCUGCAAAACGAAACAUUCACCUGAUCCCCCUGAACAGGUCAUCCGAGACGCGCCUACAGUCCCCACCCCCUAAGAACCCCUCACAGGGGGACCACACCCCCUCCCCGCCUUCAAUCACUAACUCACCGCCCCCUCAUUUGCCGAUGGUCACGCCCAACAGGCCCACUGCAAUCGUUAUCCCGCCUCCACCCAUGAUGGUAUCCCAGCCCACGAGCCUUCAGAGUGGGAGGGACCAACCCAACAACUCGGGGGAGGUUUCUUCUCGUCUGUCAUUCAUCACGUCUGCCAUCCCUACCCCACCAUCCCCACCCCCUCCACCCGCACCCCCGCCCACCAACAGCCAGCCACAACACAGCCCAACUACCAGUCUGUCUCUCCACUCAUCACCUAGUGUGCCUGGCUUUCCGUCUCCAAGAGAUCUAGCGAGUGUGGUCCUCAAACCCAGCCCACAAAACUCAAGGCGAUCCUCAAAUUCCUCAUUGGGUAGUAAGCAGGGUGGAAUCAAUGCUGACCUGAUCGCUGAGAUACAGGCGGGGGCAAUGCUGAGACAGUCACGCAAAACCCAAUCCAUGUUUCUCCAGACAAACAAGGACCCCUCGUCAAGGAGCCCCAGCCCCGUGCAAGACAGAGGCCCCAAGGUCUUCUACGCUGCCGACUUCCUGGACAGCAUACCCCUGGUGGCUGAGAAUGGGGCGGAGCUGCCGGAUUGGAGGAGGCGGUUCCUUGCCAAGAAGGAAGCGGACAGGGCAAACCAGCGGGCAGCGGAGGAGUACAAACGAGAGAAGCAACAAAGAGCCGAGGAGAGGAAGUACCGUGACAUGCCCACUUGGAAGGUUGAGCUGCUCAAAAAGAUUGAAGCCAGGGCUAACAGUGACAAGCCUGGGCCAACUGCCACCACAUCACCAGCUUAAAAGUCUUCUGGUCUUGAUGGCGGAUACACCAUAUGGAAGUUCCACAUGAGGUGAUUCGAAUCAUCAGAGGCUGUAGACACCAAGGGAGGAUGUACCCGGUAUGCCUGACUGGUGGGAAUCCUGCACUGCUGCUGUUUCCCAAUCAAUUAUUACACUCACCCUGGUGCUUAAUUGUACUUUCCCACACA